UGAAAUAGAAAAACGGAGGAGAGAGAGAGAUUCGGCCAAAAGCAAAACCGUUACAAAAUUAGGAGAAGAAAGCGACACAGAGACAAACAUACAAGAGUGGAGAGACGAAGAUGAUGAAGAAGAAGACCAUUAUAAAAAGGGAGUCUACGUUUAAACCCCAACCCAACUCCUACUCCAACAACAACAACGCGGACAAUCUCCUUAAACUACGUCGUAUUAACGCUAAUCUUGUCCUUGCUCUCUUCUACGAUGUCCUGAUUUGCUGAUCUCCCUUUUUCUUCUUCUUUGGUGGUCAUCAUUUCAAUACUCUUAGAUUCAUUCAUACAGGGUACUGAUUCCUCUAUUUUUCCAGAGGUCAGCAGAGGAUUGGAUUGAUGUGCAAUGCAGAGGUCGCGUAGAGCUCUUCUGCAUAGAAGAGCUUUGGAAAAGGUCAUCACCGGAAGGAGCCGCUUGUAUAAGGUGUCUCUAUCUUUAGUUUUUGCUCUGUGGGGGUUUGUCUUCCUUAUCAGCUUAUGGUUUAGUCGUGGUGACGGACACAGAGAUGGAUACGCAGCAUCUCCAGUUGGAUUAUCAACUUGGAAUGAAACUAAGCUGGAUCGUGAUGGACACACUGAUUCUGUAGAACUACAAAAGCAAGAAGAUUUAGUCUACUCUUCUGAAGGUGUGUGCACAAAUGGUGUUGAAACUAGUAGUUUAAAUGGUGAACUACUUAGUGAAGGAAAUAGACAUCAGGCCACAACAGAAGGAAGUGCAAUUUAUAACUCGGCCGUAGCUGAGCAACCUGAAUUGGAGAAAUCUAGUUCAGGCGUGAAACAUGAAAUUGAUGCUCCAAAAAAUGGCCGCCUGCCUCGUGCUGUGCCUCUUGGUCUGGAUGAAUUCAAGAGCAAAACAUUUAGUUCAAAAAUUAAAUCUGUAAUUGGUCAGGCUGGAGGCAUAAAACAUAGAGUGGAGCCUGGUGGUACAGAGUACAAUUACGCUUCAGCUGCAAAGGGAGCCAAGGUCUUGGCUUUUAACAAGGAAGCCAAGGGUGCCUCUAAUAUCAUAAGCAGAGACAAGGACAAGUACCUUCGCAAUCCAUGUUCUGCAGAAGAAAAGUUUGUUGAUAUAGAACUUUCAGAAGAAACCUUGGUAGACACAAUCAAAAUAGGUAAUCUUGAACACUAUUCAUCUAAUUUAAGGGAUUUUGAGCUGCUUGGCAGUUUGGUUUAUCCAACAGAUGAAUGGGUUAAGCUUGGGAAUUUCACUGCAGCAAAUAUUAAGCUUGCGCAAAGAUUUGAUCUUGAGGAACCUAAGUGGGUGAGAUAUAUAAGGUUAAAGCUUUUAAACCAUUAUGGUUCAGAGUUCUAUUGCACAGUCAGUGUUAUUGAAAUUUAUGGAAUUGAUGCUGUUGAGCGAAUGCUUGAGGAUUUAAUUUCUGUUGAAAGCGGCGCAUAUGUUUCUAAUGGAGUAACUGUUGACCAGAAACCUGUGACCUCCCACCCAGAUUCCCCUGAGGGUGAUGAUUUUUUUAAUAUUGAUAAAGAAAUGGAACCUCAAGCUGCAGUUGAAAACUCUAAUGUGAACAAUGAAAUAAUCAAGAGUGAUGUGCCUGAUCCUAUCAAAGAAGCACUUCAUCAACAAGGUAGCAGGAUGCCUGGGGAUACUGUUCUUAAGAUACUAAUGCAGAAAGUCCGUUCAUUGGAUUUUAGUUUAUCACUACUUGAGCGAUACCUUGAGGAAUCAAAUUCAAGAUACGGCAGCAUUUUCAAAGAAUUCGAGACAGAUAUGGAAGAGAAAGAGUUAGAUUUACAGAAGAUCAAAGAAAACAUGAGGAAUCUCUUAGAAAGCCAGGAAGUAAUUGCUAAAGAUGUAAACAAUCUCAUGUCUUGGCAGUCCCUUGUCUCUGUGCAAUUGGAUAAUUUAGUCAGGGAUAACGCUAUCCUCAGGUCUGAGGUUGAAAAGGUCAGGGAGAAGCAGAUAUCUGUAGAUAAUAAGGGUGUUGUAAUAUUUCUAGUCUGUGUACUUUUCUCAUUGUUGGCCCUUGCGAGGCUUUUUAUAGAUAUUGUGGGUAGUGUUUAUAGUGCAUUCAGUGUUCAUACAACAGAGAAAUCCAGGAAAUUUUGUUUGAUGAGCUCUUCCUGGGUUUCCUUACUAGUGAGCUGUAUCCUUGUCCUAUUUAUAUUAUCUGUAUAAUCAUGGCAACUUCUCUCUUUUCUUCUGAUAAAAUAUAGUGGUAACAUAUCUUGGUGCUA